AUGCAAUUUCCAAAUAAUCGUGAAGGAUUAAUUCGUGAAAUUGGUGCAACAGCCUUAUCAAGCAUUCCAGCAUCUCUUUUAAGUGUAGGUCAUCAAGCAUACAUCAACAAAGAUUUGGAAAGAACAGCAUUUUGCAAAUUGGCCUUGAAAAACUAUGCUUGCUUCACAACUGAUUUCAUGGCAGCUAAUCUUACAUAUAAAUUGGCAUUCAAGGAGCUAUCUGAAUCAUACUUUAAAGAGCUUGGCCGCUAUCUUUUUGCAAAUGCAAUCGGACAUACUGCCUCAAUAUCAGUAAGAUAUCUUAUUGAUCGUAACCCUAAUGUUUUGAAGCCAAAGAAUUUGGCAAUUACUUUCGGAGCUCGCAUGGCUCUCUCCGGAAUCGAAUUUUCAAUCAGAAAUUAUGAGCUCACUUGCGAAGAGUUCAAAAAGUUGCUUUCAAAAAGUAAGUAG